ACCGCCGGACUUUCACGUUUCGAGAGAGAUACACACCGCGAGAGUCGCGCGCGAGCCGCCAAAUGACGAUCGACCGCGUCGCAGCCAAUACCGAUUUCGCGAGUCCCGGCUCGAUUUUUUUCCUCCUCCGAGAAUAACACUCAAAUAUCGUAUACAGUCGAUAACUCGGUGUGAACAAGUGAUAAGAAGUGCGCGCUGUCGAAAUAGAGUUGGCGAAAUGUCGACGCCGAAGCCGAGGUGAAGAAGAGAAGAUAAGCGAGAAGAGCGAAAAAUCACUAGUGAGUUUAGGCGCGCGCUGCAGGAGCGACAGGUAUAUACAUGCGCGCACACUGCAGCCUCUCGCGCGCGCAAUUAGAUUCGAGCAGGGGGCAAUCGCCGCGUAUAAAUGCAAGUGAAAGUUUUACGGAAUAUAACCGGACAACAUCCACGCGCGGCGGCAGCUCUCGCAACUCUGGCGGUGCAAAAAGAAGGCGGUUUUUCCAGAACGUGCGGCGGCAGUGCGCGUAGUUGAGUACGCGCGAACCCGAAGAAGAAGAAGAAGCUGAAGGCAGAAGCAGAAGAAGAAGAAGAAGCUAAACUCUCUUACGGCGACAGGCGGAAGCUUGUAACGACCGUGGCGGCGUCGUAAAUAGCCCCGUCGUUUUCAUCGGAUUCCGAUCGAGCCUUUUGGCUCAACUCGAACACACGCACACAGCUAUAUCGCUUUCACGUUUUCUCUUUCUAUAUAAUACACGCAACCGCGAGGAAUAUCAAUCCGACGGCGGACGCGCGAAUAAAGCAAUGAAAUAAUCGCUGCGAGAGUAUGUGUUUUGAAUUGGCCGCACGUAGAGCCGCAAUUAGUAUCGGUAGCCGCAGGAACGGCAGACCACAACUGUCGGCAGCAGCAGCGACGACCACUGCAUACGUCUCACUUCGUGGAAGAUGAUAAUAAGCUAGCAUCGAUCAUAUUCGAAAAAUCGGUAAAAAAGCCGACGACGCUUUAGACAUUCAAAUUUCCGCGCGAGCGAAGCAAAAUCGAUUAGCCGCUCGUAUACGCGCGCCGCGCCGGCAUUUGAAUAACAGAAGAAGAAGAAGAAGAAGAAGAAGAAGAGUAUAAUAGCCGUGCGAGAACGCGCGCGCGCGCGCGCACGCGAGAGAGAGAACUCGCGCAAAUAUAACGCGCGCGCCGAGACACAGCCGCGGCAUUAUUCGGCUGCUGAUGGACGAAGCCGCGUAUAUUACCUGAGACGCGAAAAGUCGCACUUUUAGCGAGGAGGUAUCGAUUUCAACGCGAACGCGAUCGCGGGAAAUGACGAGCGGAUGAUAUUGCCGAGCGCGAUUGUCGUACACGCGAGUGAAUUUUUUUCAAGAUUGUUGUUAAACAGUGCGCGCCUAUGAGAGAUCAUGGAGCUGUCGAGAGCGCUGCUGGUACUUUCGAUGCUGAUAGCGAGCGGCCAUGGUUACUCGGUGCUCUUGGCGACUAUGGGGGGUACGAGAUCGCACACCGUGCCCUUCGUCGCCCUCGGCGCCGCCUUGACCCAGAGGGGCCACAAUGUCACUCUGGCGAGUGGAUUCACCGGUCCAGCAGCCAAUAACGGGCUCAGGGAACUUGUGCCGCCGCAGCUCGAGAGCUACAUCGGCAACUAUACCUCCGAGUGGGACCUCGUGGGCUCGCGUUUCCGCAACGAGCUGCCCUUGUCACCCUGGGACGCGAUGCGCUACGGCUGGGAAGCUUGCGAGGCUCUGCUCAAGGACAACUUCUCCCUGUCGGAGGUCCGUCGACCCGAGGGUAAUCCCGGAGCGCGUUGGGACGUCGUCGUCGUCGACGGCGCUUAUCCCGAGUGCCUUCUCGGCAUCUUGCACGACCAGCACCUGCCGACCAUCAUGCUGAACACGGUGGCCCUCUACAGCGGCUCGAUUGCCCGACAGGGCAACCCUUCGCCCUGGGCCAUAAGGCCUUACUUCGGCAAGGCCCUGACGCAGGACAUGAACUUCCUGCAGAGGAUCUUUAACGUCGCCUACCUGAUGACCCUCGAGGUCAUGCACUGGCUCAUGAUAACCGGCUUCGUGCAGCCGACUCUGCGCAAGUAUCUCGGCGACGAUGUGCCGGACGUGCGGGAUUUGGUCGCCGAGGUGCCACUGACACUGCAGAACAAUCACUACUCGGUCUCGGACUCGGUGCCUUACUUGGCCAACGUCGUCAACAUAGCCUGCAUACAUUGCAGGCCGGCGCUGAAGCUCAGUCCGGAAAUGGAGACAUUCCUCAAUCGGGGUUUCAUAUUCGUGUCGAUGGGCUCGUCGGUGAAGGCGUCGGGGAUGCCGGAGUCGUUGCGCAAGAGCUUCGUAGCGGUCUUCUCGACGCUGCCCUACAACGUCGUCUGGAAGUGGGAGGCAGGCAAGAUCGAGAAUCUGCCGAGCAACGUGAGGACGGCCGCUUGGUGGCCGCAGCAGGAGCUGCUCGGCCAUCCGAAGCUCCGGGCGUUCGUCUCCCACGGUGGGCUACUCUCGCUGCACGAGGCCGCCUACCACGGAUCGCCGACCCUCGUGCUUCCGGUCUUCUGCGACCACGACGGAAACGCCGCUCAGGCCGAAAAACUCGGCUACGCGCUGGUCAUGGAUCUGGGGACGCUGACGAUAACGGAGCUGCGAGAAAACAUACUGAAGGUGGCCGCCGGAGGUAACAAUCCCUACAGAGAGGCUGCCAAGAGGAGGAGCGCCCUGAUGAAGGAUCUUCCCGUGGACACGAAGAAUUUGGCCGUUUGGUGGGUCGAGCACGUGGCCCGGCACAAAGGCGCGGAGCACCUGAAGAGCACCACGAGGCACAUGAGGACUCUGCACUACUACUCCUUGGACGUGGCUCUGUUUUACCUGGCGUUCUUCCUCACCCUGGUUUACGGCACGAGGAAGCUGCUGCACAGAGCCGGCCGGAGAAAACUGAAGGAGAAGCUGCAGUGAGCGGCGAUUUAUCAUCGUUACCACUUUUUGUACUAUACGAUCAACCGCAUGUAUUAUUAAUGAUUUUUGUUUGUAUAAAUGAAACCAAUCUUCUUUUUUUAAUGAACUAAUGUUAUAGACACAUGUAUCAUACUGAAAAUAAAUUAUUUAUAAAGUGAA